AUGUCUUUCAAAGCGUUCUUGAAGAAGCUUGAAGUCAAACCCAUUGACGACGAGUACGAGAGUCUCGAGACCACCCGGUGGGGCAACAGAGACACGUACCCUAUACCACACGCCAAGCGAACUUAUGGGUGGCUCGCUUUUUGGGCAUUCUCCUCCUGGACAAUCGGAAGCUCGCUGAUCGGAAUCGGCCUGACCGCAGGACAGGCGAGCGGUGUUGUGCUCGUUGGCUGCGUCAUUGCAUCUAUCAGCGCCUUCCUCAACGGCGGGCCGGGGUGCAUCCAUCACCUCGGUUAUGGCACUCUUGCACGGAGUGCUUUCGGACUCUGGGGCUCAUACUUCGUCAUCAUGCUCAACGUCUUUCAGUCGUUCGUCUUCUAUGGAACCCAGAUGUACUUCGGCGGGAUGGCAAUUGUGAUCAUGCUAAAUACAUGGUCUGAAAGCUUCUUGCGAAUGAAGAACACAUUGCCGGAUAGCGCAGGCAUCACGACACCUCAACUUAUCGGCUUCGUGCUCUUUAUCUUUGUGUACUUCCCAAUCAUAUACUGGGUGCCGCCUCACGAGGUUCAGAAGUAUCUGAAGGCGAAUCUCAUCAUCAGCUCCGCCACUCUGUUCGGCAUCAUGGGCUGGGCUAUCGCCCAGAAUGGCGGCCGCGUUGGAGACCUGGUUUCUCCUCAGGUCGAUGUACCAUCGGGACAGGUCGGCUUCCUUAUGGUGCAGGGCAUUUCGUCAAUCGCGGGCACAUAUGCUGGUGGCUCGGACCGAGUCUCUGACUGGACUCGCUAUGCGAAGACCAGGCAUUCGCCCACCUUGGCUCAGCUUACUGCCCUGCCUGUCACGGUCACGUUGUUCGCCUUGGUCGGUAUCAUUUCGACCUCUGCCUUUGCUCCGACUCUGGGGACUUUUCAAUGGAAUCCUCUGAUCGCCAUACAGCAGCUCCAGGCACAAAACUACUCUGCAGCCAUGCGGGCAGGUACCUUUUUUGCCGGAUUCGGCUUGCUAUUUGUUAUUGUGUUCAUCAACUACACACAGAAUUGUGUCUCCAGCGGUAUGGAUUUGGCCAUGCUCGUGCCCAAGUACAUAUCUCGCCGUCGGGGCAGCAUGAUCUUUGCUGUGCUGGGAGUCCUUGCGAAUCCAUGGAGAUUCCUCACUCAAGCUAGCACAUUCAUCACCGUGCUGUCGAGCUUCGGUGUCUUCAUGAGCCCUGCUGCAGCAAUUUUGGUCUGCGACUUUUGGGUUGUGAGACGCACCAAGUGGAAUAUCCCUGACCUCUACCGGCCAGGUGGAAUAUACUGGUUCUGGAAUGGCGUGAAUUGGAGAGCCUUCACAGCCUACUUCCUCGCUAUGACUUGGGCUCUGCCAGGGUUUGUGAUGGCGAUAGGAGGACAAGACAAAUACAGCUUUGGCCAGACCUGGUUCAGAUUAUACCAAGUCUCCUUCUUCUCUGGCUAUGGCUUGGCUUUCGUGAUCUUUUGGAUACUGAACCUGGCAUUCCCACCACCUGAGCUAGGAAGACAGGUGGACAUCGAUGUGAGCACGAUGCUUACACCAGGAGUAGACCCUAUUGGCCAUGGCCGGUCUGUCGAGGGCAAGUCUGAUUCUGAGGUCGAGGCCAAUGACACAGAGAAAGGGUUUCGGGAGAGCGUUGUAUAA